AAUCACUUUUUCCUAAUAAGGUGUUCCUGUCAGGUCAACUUCACGAAGUCGCCAAAGAAGACCAAGCGCCAAUGACAUGGAAAAUGUAGUUAGUGACGCGCAAAUGGUUAAGCGAAAGACAUUACUAUAGGACUGGUGAGUUGAUGGUGUACACUUGUUUUGUGUCACAGCGAUCAAGAAGUUGGAAGCGCUUCUUUUUGAUGCUCUUGAAUAUUUAGUGCCUCCAUUGAAACACAUCCGAGACAAAAAGUUUGCAGUUAAGUUUGCAGAAUGCCUUUGCGAGAAAAUAGAAAGUCUGAAUGACAAAGAAGUUGACUCCAUUGUUAACCGUCCUCCGCUUGAAGCAGCAAGUUAUGGCACCUAUGAGCUUGUUGAAAUUAUUGUCAGAAGAUUUCCUUCGUUAGCUUACUGUUAUGAUCGAGAUCAAAAGAAUAUAUUUCACAUUGCAAUAGAGAAUCGUUGCGAAAGUGUGUUUAACUUGGUCUAUCAGAUGACCGAGCAUCGCCACCAGUUUAUGAUUUCAGUAGACUCCUUAAUUUGGCAAUACCAUGUUGCAUUUAGCUGGAAAAUUGGCGCCACAAAGUAAGUUAAGCCUUGUCUCUGGACCAGCUCUUCAGAUGCAACGAGAAUUACAGUGGUUAAGGUACAUUUUUGUUGGAGUUGAAGAAGUAAAGAAGUUUGUACCACCUUCGUACUGGGAAUUUUUAGACAAUGCCGAUAGACCUCCGCAUGUGGUAUUUACUGAGGAACAUGACAAGUUGAAGACAGGGGGAGAGAAAUGGAUGAAAGAUACAUCAAACUCGUGCACAAUAGCAGCAGCACUCAUUGCUACCAUCGCAUUUGCAGCAGCGAUCACUGUACCAGGUGGCAACGACGAACAGAGUGGACUUCCCAUUUUCUCUGGGAACAAUAUUGGUUUCAUCAUUUUUGCUAUCUCGAAUGCAGCAUCAUUGUUCGCUUCGAGUACCUCUCCGCUAGUGUUCUUGUCCGUUUUAACGUCUCAUCAUGCAGAAGAAGAUUUCCUGCACGCGUUGCCUAGUAGUCUAAUUCUUUGA